AGCGACAGGUCUCGGGCCCUCAGGCGGAGCGGCGGGCGCCGGACCCCCAGGAGGAGCGACAGGUCUCGGGCCCCUCAAGCGGAGCGGCGGGCGCCGGACCCCCAGGCGGAGCGACAGGUCUCGGACCCUCAGGCGGAGUGUGGCGGGCGCCGGACCCCCAGGCGGAACGACAGGUCUCAGGCCCCCAGGCGGGGCGGCGGGCACCGAGUCAGCAGGCACAACCGUGGGCUCCGAGUCAACUGGGAUGACCGCUGGCACUGGGUCAGACAUUGGAUCGUCUGGCUGGACAGCGGGCAUCGGGUCACCAGGCAUCAGGUCAUUUGGCUCGACAGCGGGCACCGCGUCAUCUGGCAAGGCAGUGGGCUCCGAGUCAACAGGCACGACAGUGAGCACCGGGUCAUCAGGUACCGGAUUGUCUGGCUCGACAGCGGGCAUCGGGUCACCAGGUAUGACAGCGGGCACUGGGUCAUUUGGCUCGACAGCGGGCACCGGAUCAGGUACCGGAUCAUCUGGAUCAACAGCGGGCAUCGAGUCAACUGGCCUAAUAGGAUCGUCAGGCUGGAUCAGUUCAUCAUGCUGAGUAGAGGCUUCAGGCCGAGUAGAGGCUUCAGGCCGAGUAGAGGCAUCAGGCCGAGUAGAGGAGGCAUCAGGCCGAGUAGAGGCAUCAGGCCGAAGAGAGGCAUCAGGCUGAGUAGAGGCUUCAGGCCGAGUAGAGGAUUCAGGCCGAGUAGAGGAUUCAGGCUGAACCACGGAAGGCAGGCUCACCGGUUUGGAUACUGGCAGGAUGGUAUUGGUUGGAAAGAAUUUUCGCUUUUUUCUGGUUUUAACUACUGGAGCACUGCAAGUAAACGCAGGUCUGCAAACGAAUGGAGCAGCUGGAGACAGAGAAGAGCUGGAGGAUGGAACAGGAGAGGGAGCAGUUGCUACAGAGGGCUUUUUUACAGGGUUAAAGGCAGGAUAGGUGCAGCGAGUGGGAACAGGGGACUGACAUGCGGUAGAUAG